UAUCAAUUAAUUGCAGUUUCUUAGUAUAUUCUUUUCUUCGGGGAUCUUUGUUUUAUCCAUUACAUUUCCGACUUCGAUGGCUUCUUCGAGCUCCGGCAACUCAAUGCCUGCUCCCGAGGCAAUUCAAGUAUUGGUGUCCUCGCUUGGCGAUGAGUCCCCCAUGGUUCGAGAUGCCUCCAUGGCCGCGCUUAAAGAAAUUGCUCCUUUGAAUCCACUUCUGGUGCUCGAUUGUUGUUCACUCGUGUCUCGAGGUGGACGUAGGAGGUUUGGGAAUAUUGGUGGUUUAUUUCAAGUAAUGUCGGUGGCAAUUCGGGCGUUGGAUAAGCGAGAUGUUGAUCCCCCUUACAUGACAAAACUCGCUAAGAUUGCCACUGCUGAAAUGAUCACUUCCAAGGAAUUUCAAGCUGAUUGGCAAAGAGCUGCAGCUGGUGUUCUUGUAGCAAUAGGUUUGCAUCUGCCUGACCUUAUGAUGGAAGAAGUAUUCCUUCAUCUCUCUGGGUCAAGUUCAUCUAUGCCUGCAAUGGUUCAAGUACUGGCUGACUUUGCUUCAUUUGAUGCUUUACAGUUCACUCCAAGACUUAAAGUUGUCCUUGCACGAGUUUUGCCCAUUCUGGGCAAUGUGAGGGAUAUUAACAGGCCAAUCUUUGCAAAUGCAUUUAAGUGUUGCUGCCAGGCCUGUUGGCUGUAUAGUGUGGAUUAUCCUCUCUUCUCCAUUCUUGAUGCUGAUGUCACGUCUUUCCUUAAUUCUGCUUUCGAACUUCUAUUGAGAGUUUGGGCAUCAUCACGAGAUCUCAAGGUCAGGAGUACUACCAUUGAAGCAUUAGGUCAGAUGGUUGGUCUUAUAACCCGGACACAGUUGAAGAUGGCUUUACCAAGACUUGUUCCAACUAUUUUAGACAUGUAUAAGAAAGAUCAGGAGAGUGCCUUAGUGGCCACUUGUACGCUCCAUAAUCUUCUAAAUGCUUCAUUACUUUCUGAAAGUGGUCCGCCUUUGCUUGAUUUUGAGGACCUCACUGUUAUAUUAUCAACACUUCUUCCGGUGGUUUGCAUCAGCAAUGACAGCAAAGAGCUUUCAGACUUCUCUGUGGGACUGAAGACUUAUAAUGAAGUUCAGCAUUGUUUUUUAGCAGUGGGGUUGAUGUAUCCUGAGGAUUUAUUCAUGUUCCUACUCAAUAAAUGCAGGUUGAAAGAAGAACCUUUGACUUUUGGUGCACUGUGUGUCCUAAAGCAUCUCUUGCCGAGGUUAUCUGAAGCUUGGCAUGGUAAAAGGCCUUCACUGGUUGAAGCUGUUAAGCUGUUAUUGGAUGAGCAUAGUCUGGGUGCCCGUAAAGCGCUUGCAGAGUUAAUUGUUGUUAUGGCUUCUCAUUGUUACUUGAUUGGUCAACCGGGAGAGCUAUUUGUUGAAUUUUUGGUACGGAAUUGUUCAAUUGAAGAUGCUGUGAAUCCUAAGGAAGUUGUUAGACGAAGUGGCACUCAUUAUGCUUUUCCAUACAAGAAGUUAGAGGUGAAAGCUGGAGCUUUUAGUCCCACUGAGUUACGGGCAAUCUGUGAAAAGGGUCUUCUUCUGAUCACCAUUACUAUUCCCGAGAUGGAGCUUGUUCUCUGGCCAUUUUUGCUGAAGAUGAUUAUACCACGAGUCUACACAGAUGCAGUUGCCACGGUUUGCAGAUGCAUCUCAGAAUUGUGCAGACGUAGAUCUUCUCAGAGUAAUAGUAUGCUAUCUGAGUGUAAUGCUCGUACUGAUAUUCCGCAUCCUGAGGAGCUUUUUGCCCGUCUAUUGGUGCUUCUACACAAUCCUUUAGCAAGGGAGCAGCUGGCAACUCAAAUCUUGACGGUCCUGUAUCAUUUGGCUCCUCUCUUUCCAAAGAAUGUUAGCUUGUUUUGGCAAGAUGAGAUUCCGAAAAUGAAAGCAUAUGUGGGUGAUACAGAUGAUCUGAAGGAAGACCCAUUCUAUCAAGAGACCUGGGAUGACAUGAUUAUCAACUUUCUUGCAGAAUCUUUGGAUGUAAUUCAAGACAUUGAUUGGGUAAUUUCUCUGGGAAAUGCUUUUGCUAAACAAUAUGAACUUUAUACAUCUGAGGAUGAACACUCUGCCCUGCUUCAUAGGUGUCUGGGCAUUUUGCUGCAAAAAGUUCAUGACAGAACGUAUGUUUGUGCUAAGAUUGAUUUGAUGUACAAGCAAGCUAAUAUUUCUUUCCCAAAGAAUAGACUUGGUUUGGCAAAGGCCAUGGGAUUGGUUGCAGCAUCACACUUGGAUACCGUCUUGGAAAAGCUCAAAGACAUUCUUGAUAAUGUUGGCCAAAGUUUCUUUCAAAGGAUCCUGUCAUUUUUCUCUGACAGAGCUAAAAUGGAAGAGUCAGAUGAUAUACAUGCUGCUUUGGCACUAAUGUAUGGCUAUGCUGCAAAAUAUGCACCAACAACAGUUAUUGAAGCAAGAAUUGAUGCGCUAGUGGGGACUAAUAUGCUUUCACGUCUUCUCCAUGUACGCCAUCCGACUGCAAAACAGGCUGUUAUUACUGCUAUUAAUUUACUGGGUCAGGCUGUCUACAGUGCUUCUCAAUGUGGUGCAUCCUUUCCACUGAAAAGAAGAGACCAAUUACUUGACUAUAUAUUAACUCUGAUGGGCCGAGAUGGUGAAGAUGAUUUUUUUGAUUCUACUCGUGAACUUUUAUGUACUCAGUCUCUUGCUUUAAGUGCUUGUACUACGCUGGUUUCAGUGGAGCCAAAGCUCACAACUGAAACAAGAAAUCUUGUUUUGAAGGCCACCCUAGGAUUUUUUGGUUUACCAAAUGAUCCUUCUGAUGUUGUCAACCCCCUAAUUGACAAUCUUAUUACUCUCUUGUGUACGAUUCUUGUUACGGGUGGAGAGGAUGGAAGAAGUCGAGCAGAGCAGCUCUUGCAUAUUUUGAGACAACUUGAUCCCUAUGUUUCCUCGGCAGUGGAAUAUCAGAGGGAAAGAGGAUGUCGUGCUGCUCAUGAGAUGCUUCACAAGUUUCGGACACUAUGUAUUAGUGGAUAUUGUGCAUUUGGCUGCCGAGGAAGUUGCACACAUGGCAAGCAUGUUGAUCCUGUUGUACACCGGAAUUAUUCUAAUUUACCUUCUGCUUUUGUGCUGCCAAGUCGUGAUGCACUGUCUUUAGGGGAGAGAAUCAUGGUUUAUCUUCCUCGUUGUGCGGAUACAGUUCCUGAAGUUAGAAAGCUUUCUGCACAGAUUCUUGAUCUGUUUUUCAGUAUAUCUCUGUCUCUGCCGAGGCCUGUGAAUUCCAAUUUGGGGUUGGAUUUAGAACUGUCUUAUAGUGCUUUGACGUCACUUGAGGAUGUUAUAGCUAUCCUAAGAAGUGAUGCUUCUAUUGAUCCUUCGGAAGUAUUCAACCGGGUUGUUUGCUCUGUUAGCAUCUUGUUGACUAAAGAUGAGCUUGCUGCUGCCUUGCAUGGUUGCUCGACAGCCAUAUGUGACAAGGUGAAGCAAUCUGCAGAGAGUGGAAUCCAAGCUGUAGUUGAGUUUAUCACCAAGAGGGGGAAUGAGUUGAAUGAGACUGAUAUCUCAAGGACAACACAAUCUUUGCUCUCAGCUACAGUGCAUGUGUCCGAGAAGUAUCUGCGCGAGGAAACUCUUUGUGCUAUCUCGGCUCUUGCUGAGAACACCAGCUCAGGCAUUGUGUUCAAUGAAGUAUUAGCAGCUGCAGGAAGGGAUAUAACUACCAAAGAUGUAUCCAGACUACGUGGUGGCUGGCCAAUACAGGAUGCAUUUUAUGCAUUUUCCCAGCAUGUUGUACUGUCAUAUACAUUCCUGGAGCAUGUGAUAGCUAUUGUGAAUCAGACCCCUCUUCUUAAAGGUGAUCUGGGUAGAGGAGAAACUCCCAGUCAUUCUGGUGAUACUCAGCUGGAGGAUGUUUUACAGGCAGCUGUUGUCGCUCUGACGGCGUUCUUCAGAGGAGGUGGUAAAAUUGGAAGGAAGGCUGUUGAGCAGAAUUAUGCUUCAGUCCUUGCGACUCUGGUGCUCCAUUUUGGAAGUUGCCAUGGCUUAGCCAGUUUUGGUCAACAUGAACCACUGCAUUCAAUGCUGAUAGCGUUUCAUGCAUUCUGUGAUUGUGUUGGUGAUCUGGAGAUGGGCAAGAUUCUUACUAGGGAUGGAAAACAUACUGAAAACGAGAAGUGGAUAAAUGUCAUUGGAGAUCUUGCUUGCUGCAUUUCCAUAAAAAGACCAAAAGAGAUACCAUCAAUAUGUUUGAUUGUGAGCAAAUCUCUAGAAAGAUUUGAAAGAUUUCACAGGGAAGCAGCCGCUGCAGCAUUGUCAGAGUUUUUGCGGUAUAGUGAUGGCUUUGGUUCUCUAUUAGAGCAGAUGGUCGAAUUAUUAUCGCGGCAUGUAUCAGAUGAUUCUCCAACUGUUAGGCGCCUCUGUUUAAGAGGGCUUGUUCAGAUGCCAUCUAUCCACAUACUUCAAUACACCACUCAAAUUCUGGGGGUAAUAUUGGCUUUACUAGAUGACCCGGAGGAAUCUGUUCAAUUAACUGCAGUGUCAUGCUUGCUAAUGGUCCUUGAGUCAUCUUCUAAAGAUGCUGUGGAGCCCAUUCUUCUCAACCUUUCAGUUCGACUCCGUAAUCUUCAAAUAUGCAUGAACACAAACAUCCGUAGAAAUGCAUUUGUUGCUUUUGGAGCCCUAAGUGGCUAUGCAGUUGGGUCACAUCAUGAGGCAUUUCUUGAACAGGUACACGCUGUCUUUCCGCGUUUGGUUUUGCAUCUUCAUGAUGACGAUCUAGGUGUCAGACAGGCCUGCCGGACCACAUUCAGGUCUAUUGCUCCUCUAAUGGAAAUUGAGGGAGUUGUUGCCCUUUCCAAUACAAAUUGGUUUGGUUCUGAUCACAGAAGUGACUACGAAGACUUUUCGAGAGAUCUUGCCAAACAAUUUAGUCAACAUUUGGAUUCACGUAUAGAUAGUUAUAUGGUAUCAAUAAUACAGGCUUUUGAUGCUCCAUGGCCUGUGAUCCAGGCGAAUGCUGUCUAUCUGUGUAGCAGCAUGCUUGCUCUCUCUGAGGAUCAACGUAUAUCACCUCUCUAUUGUAACCAGGUGCUUGGAAUGUUGAUCAGCAAGAUGAGUCGGUCAGCAGAUGCAAUUGUUAGAGCGACUUGCUCUUCGGCCUUGAGUUUGUUACUCAAAUCAGUUAACUUAGCCUCUUGGAAAGCCGUUCGGCUUGAAUGAGUGAUCUUGCCGAAAUCUGCUUGGUUUGUUUUAGUUGACUUGAUUCAGCAGAGCCAUGAAACAGAGGACGUUAUGAUGUACUUGAUAGAAUAGGAAACUGUAAGUUGGUCAUAUGCUUCAGAUAAAGUAGGCUCAUUUUUAAAUGUAUUUGGAGAUCCCGCUUCACUUUGAUAGGUACAGCUGCUGUGUUGCAUUAGGGUUGAGGCAGUGUUUUUUAAACACUUUCUGUGUUUACUGCUUGUAAUAUUGUAUCCAACAAAAAUGGAACAGAAAUCGAGAGGUCAUCUGUACAUUCCAUUAUAAACAAACUUUUGCUAAGUUUGUAGUUUGCCCUUGCCAUACUAUGCUAGUAUUUCCUACUGCCAAUUUUAUA